UUUUCUUCUUCAUACUAUUGUAUUGUUUUUUCGAAAAAAGUUCUUCUUUUUUAAACUAUGAUUUAAUGUUUUCGUGAUAAUAAAAGAUAAGUCGAUAUUUAUGCAAAAGAUUGACGAAACGUAUGAAUUCGAUUGUUUCUUACACAUAUCAAUUCAAUUGUUUUUUACGUGUAACAAUCUGCAAAGAUAUAGUAAAUUACUUUAGUUUUAUUAUUUAUUCCAUCAAUAUACUAUUAAUAUAAAUUAUUAUACAAGCAAUGUCACACAAAUAUCAAAAUGUUAAUGAUUUAUCAACAGUAGAAUUUUCUGAAAAUAAUGACGAAGAUUUAACAUUUUUUUCGUAUAUAGACGAAGCAACAAAAGAAUGGCUUAAAUCAUUAGAACAAAUAUGGCAAAUAUGGAAAAAGGGUGAUGUUGUAAAUAAAACAUUAAUAGAAUAUUUUGAUAGUGCACCUAAUCCAUAUUUAAGUACAAUACGAAUAUUAGUAAAUACUUCAGAUUUUAAACAUAUAAAAAAAAAUUCAUCAUUAGCGUUUACAGUUAUAGAAGAAUAUGCAGAAUGGAUAAAAUCAAGAAAAGAAAUGUAUGAACAGUUCCUAGUUUUAGAUUUAAAAUUAGCAACAUUUCAAUUAAUUAUUAAGCAAAAUAAUAUGGAAUUUAUUAAAAUGGUUGCAAGUACAUAUAAGUUUGUAGAACAUAAAGAAGAAUUUCUUCAUAUAAUACAGGAAAUGAUACAAGAAAAGAAAUACAAAGAGGCAGCACAGUAUGCGGUUAUAUUAAAAUUACAAGAAUCUUUUUCAGAUCCAGAAUCUUUAAUAUUACCACUUAUUUUACAAAACAAAUUAACAGUUGUAGAAGAAUUUUUAACUGAUUGUCCUCGUUUACAGGAAGCUUUAGUUUUGUAUUUGGAUAAUUUAAUUGGACCUGAUAAUAGUAUGCAUAACUUGCUAAAUGAAAUAAUUAUAAAAAAUAAAAUACCAGAUGUAAAGAUGUCAAUCACAAAUACAAAACCUAUGGGUAAAUUAAUAGCACGUUUUGUCAAAUUGUAUAAUCUUCCAUCAGAACUUUGUACUAAUUUAAAUAAAAAAAGAUGUGAAGGUGUUUUACAGUAUCUCAUACAUAAACGUUAUAAAGAAUAUAGUUUAAGUACUGAUAGUUGGAGAGAAAUGGUGCAAGAUGCAGUAAAAGAUGAUGAAACAUUACAACUAACUAUGAUAAGAAUGUUACUUAAUACCAAAGAUUCAAGUGAAGCUUUAUAUUGGGCUAAAAAGUUUAACGUACCUAGAGAAAAAUGGCCAUGGAUACUUUCAUAUGAAGAAGAACAAAAUGAAUCUGAAAGUAUAAAUGAAGGAGCUUCGACUAGCAAAAUAAAUGAUUGGGAAGAUGACAAUGAUUUUAUGAAUUAUUAUGAAUUAAAGCUAUCAAGGGAUUCUAUUAAAAUAAUAAAUAAUCCUUAUAGUUUUGAAGAGUUUCUUGAUAAAGGAUUAGAUGGUGUCUCUAUUGUUGGUAUUGAUUCAGAAUGGAAACCUUGUUUUGGUACAAAACAAACAGAAUUAGCUUUAAUACAAAUAGCUACCAAAGAUAAUGUAUACAUUAUAGAUGUAACUACAAUGGGAAAUAAGUUUACAGAAUUAUGGGCAAAAUUAGCCUUAGUUUUAUUUGAAAACAAAAAUAUUUUAAAACUUGGUUUUGGAAUAGCUCAAGAUAUGACUGUUAUACGUAAUAGUUUGCCUGCAUUAUCGAAAAUAAAAAUAUAUGGACAAGGAUAUUUAGAUAUUGUAAAUUUAUGGAAAAAAUUGGUAGAAGAUUAUAAAUUUGUUUUUCCACAUGAAAGUGAUGAUCAAUUUACUAAAAAAAAUUUGAGUAAGCUUGUAGAACUUUGUCUUGGACAAAAAUUAAAUAAAUCUGAUCAAUUUUCUAAUUGGGAGCAAAGGCCAUUAAGAGAAAGUCAAAUAAUAUAUGCUGCAUUAGAUGCAUACUGUUUGUUAGAAAUAUAUGCGACAUUAGAAAUUCAAUGUGAACAUUUGGAAAUACCAUUUGAUGAUGCUUGUUUAGAACUGCAACAUAUUCCAUUUAAAUCAUCAUCACAAAAAAAUAUAAGAAGAUUAGCACAAAAGUCCCAUGUAGGUAAGAAUAAAGGAUAUGAUAAACAACAAAAUUUUCAAAGAGAUUUACCAACAGAAAAAUUAAGAAAUUUUAGGAAAUUAAAUUGUCAAAAUCAUAUUUCUAACAAAUCAAUACAAUCAACAUUAUCGAUGAGGAUCAUGAAUUUAAAUGAAUCGCAUAACAUAAAUAAAUCAACAUGUCACUAUACAAAACAAACAGAAUUUCAUGUAAACAAUAAAUCUCUGAAUAUUGAGAAGUUUAUAUAUAAAAAAAUACACACAUGGCGUGUAGUUUGUGAUUCAAUGUUAGGUGGAUUAACAAACAAAUUGCGAAUGUGUGGAUGCGAUUGUGUUCAUUUUGCAUUUGAUCAGGGUGGAGAACGAUGUGUUAAACUAGCAAUGCGUGAAAAAAGAGUGUUUUUAACUCGUAACAAAGGAUAUUUAAAAUUUUUACAAUACAUACCAUCUGAAGAUUGCUAUUUUGUAUUGUCUGACACUCCUGAUGAACAAUUAAGAGAGGUAUUAAAUCACUUCAAAAUUGCGGUUACGCAUAAUGAUAUAUUUAGUCGAUGUCAAGCUUGUAACAGUAAUGAAUUUUCAAAAGUUCGAAAGUCAUUAAUGUAUGAACUUUCGAAAAGUUAUGCUGAACUAACUGGUAAAAAUAAUUAUAACUUUUCUUCAAAUCCAUCGUAUCACGAUGAUACAUAUUCGUAUUUAACAACGGAUGCAGAGAGUAAUGAUUUGGAACACAAUACCAAUUUGAAACACAAUAAUGAUGAUCGUCCGUGGAUACUUAAUGUAAUAUGUUCUGUGAAUGUCAGUACAUGUUCAACGAAAUAUCAAGCAAGAAUACAAAUUGAUCAAGUACCAAUGAAAGUAUUACAGAAUGUACGAUUUUUUUAUAUUUGUGAUCGAUGUGGAAAGAUUUAUUGGAAUGGAACACAUUUAGAACGUACUCUUAAGAAUUCUAUUAAAGACAUUCUUAUGCCUACUACAUUGAUUUUAAAGAAAUGAAGGAUUAAAUAAUGAAGACAUGUUUAAAUUAUUAUAUCCCAUUUUAAGAUAUUUAAUAUCUCAGAAAGUUUUGUUUUGGUUAUUAAUUAAUAUUUAUAGUAUAAUAU